UGCAGCCUACUACAAUAUCCUGUAUUAACAACACGUGGUCUUGUUUAUUUACAUUUUUACAGAAUCGGAAACAUAUUUCAUUACAAUUAAAAUAUGGAUGAAAGAAUAGCUAGGAGAAACAAACAAGUACAGGAAAUGUUGAAUAAUGUACCACAUGGAAGACCCAAAUCUGGCAAGGCAUGGAAAGAUACAAGAAAGGCAAGUCAUACCCAAUUAAGACUUGGAAAGGAUUUAAAGACCAGCUUCAAAGAAAAAAUAGACAAAAAGGCAGAAUUAAAAUCUGUUAAAGAAUUUGAAAACAGAUUGAAAAAUGAAAGAAUUGAGCGACUCCAGGCAAGGAGACACAAAGCAAAAGAAAAAAAGCAAAGAAAAUUAGAAAAUGAAAAGAAAAAUGAAAUUGUUACACCAAUUAGAAAUCUACAUAAAAUCAAGAAAACGAAGAAGAAAUUUUUAAGAUCUGUCAAGUCUUGAAUUUUUCAGGAGACCAAUGCAAAUUCUAUCUUUUACAUGCAAAAUUUGAACUUUAAUAUUUGGCUGACUGACAGUGGGCUGUGGGAGAAAAUAUUGUGAUUGGAUACUAAUACAGAAUAUAUGGUUGAACAAGUACAAUAUAACUGGAACUUCAGUAUUGCAACUGUGUGCAAAGACAAUUGUGAAUGUUGUAUUUUAUCCUCAUAAACUUGUGCCCUGUCUUGUGUCUGUAAAUAAAGUUGUUAUAUUAAUGUUA